AUGACUCGCUCAAAGCUUAAACAGAAUGUGUCACAGAAAAGAACUCAAAGAACGAACGGUGAAAGGUCAUCAUGCACCUGCCGUCUGUGUGGAAAGAGUUUCACAUGUAAAGGAAGCCUGAAGGAUCACACAAGGAUUCACACUGGAGAAAGACCUUUCACAUGCAGUCACUGUGGACGAGGGUUUAAACAGAGCGGAAGCCUUACAGAACACAUCAGAAUCCACACUGGAGAGAAGCCUUUCACAUGCAGUCAAUGUGGGAAGAGCUACAGACAGAAAGGAAGCCUUGGGAUGCACAUGAGAACUCACUCUGAAGAAAAACCGUUUACAUGCACUCAGUGCGGGAAGAGUUUUACACUGAAACACAACUUUAAUCUUCACUUAAAAACUCACUCCAGUGUGAAGCCAUUCAUCUGUCUUCAGUGUGGAAAAGCUUUUAGUCAGGUGUCACACCUGAAAAUGCAUGAAAAAGUUCACAUCGAAGUGAAGCCGUAUCACUGCGCUCCAUGUGAAAGGAGUUUCAGCCAAAUGACUUCCCUUCAAAGACAUUUAAAAUCAUUCAUACAUAAUAAAUACAGGUCGCUAGAAAGAUUCAUGCUGCAAGCUCAAGCCUCAGGUCAUGGUUUCCCUCAGGAGCAAAUGUGUCCCAAAAGAGCAAAAUAA